AUGAAGACUACGGCCGCAUUAAGGAGGCACAGUGAGGCGGAGAGAAGGAGAAGAGGAAGAAUUAACGCGCACUUGCAGAUCCUCCGGGACCUCGUUGGCGCCGAAGAAAAGAUGGACAAAGCCACAUUACUGGGUGAAGUGGUGAACCAGCUAAAACAAUUAAAGAGAGCUGUAAAACAAUCCACGGAAGGCUUGAAUAUCCCAAUCGACACUGACGAUGUCAAUAUCGAAAUACUCGAGACGCACGACAACGAUGUAGUCAAUGGUCUGUUUUAUAUAAAGGCAUCGAUUUGCUGCGAUUACGGGCCUGAAUUGUUUUCCGGUUUAAGACAAGCCAUCAUUGAUCUACCUGUUCGACUUUGUGGGUGCAAGAUAUCGACAUUGGGCGGUAGGGUCAAAAUUAUCUUUUUAAUCGAUAAAGGCGAAAAAGAGGAGGAUAGUGAAUUUGUUGCGACUUCUCUUCGUGUGGUGUUAUGUGAUAUAAUGAAGAAGUCAUCAGCGCCGGCUGAGUUGUCGCCUCGGCCGGUGCAUUUUCCGCUUAAACGGGCUUUGUAUGAGUGA